UUUUAUUUUAUUUUAAAACCGUUCUAAUUUUUCACCGAACAUUAUUAAUUCUUAAAAAGUUUGAUUUCCCCCCUUUUAUUUCUAUCUCUAGUUUUGUUUUUUUCGAAAAUUUCUCCUCUCUUGUAGGUAACCAGAAACUUGCCACAAAAAGCAAAACCAUGGAGUUAGCUUUAUGAGGAAGAGGAAGAAGAAAGGAUUUUGAGACCCCGAACAGCCUUGUGCUCUGGGGCUGUUGAUUUGGGUUAUCAUUGCACCUGGCUGAUCUUUAGCUAUGGCUGAAUUUGAAAUUACUGCUUUGAAAGAAGCUCUUUGCAAUCAAUAUAUAAUUAUGAAGAAUCUCUAUAUUGAACUAGAGGAGGAAAGAGAGGCCUCAGCUAGUGCAGCAAGUGAAGCUUUAUCCAUGAUUCUUCGGCUUCAAAGGGAAAAGGCUGCUGAGAAGAUGGAAUUGUGUCAAUACAGGAGAAUGGCGGAGGAGAAAAUGCAUCAUGCCGAAGAGAGUGUGGAGAUCCUUGAAGAAGUUAUUCAGGAGAAUGAAAUGGAAAUUUCAUCACUCAUGUAUGAGCUUGAGAUUUGUAAGCAGAAACUAGCAAGCCAUGGCAUCAAAACACCAGCUGAUGGACAAAUCAACAUAUCUGAGGAAUGGUCUUUUACCAGAAAGAAUGCCCUUACAGACAAGAAAAACUUUCAUGGUUUUCUUAGAAAGAACACCUCCUUGCCAUCUCUUUUUCAGUUGGACCAGUUGUGCUCUGAGAUGCACACUAAAUGUGAUGAAUGUGGAAUAGUAGAAAGUCACGAGCAUCUGUGGAAACAAGCUGAGGAAAUAAACAAUACGUUGAAAGAGUUAAUGCAGGCCAAAAACACUGAAGAAGCUAUGUCUCCUCUGGAUGUAGCUACUACUGAAGUCCUCAAGCCUCCAUCUAUUGACUUUAUGACUUCAGAUCAAGAGUCUGCUUCAUGUUCAUGGUAUUCAGCAGCAAGUGGUGGCACAUCUUUUGAGUCAAAGUCAGGAGGUCUCCGGAAGAAGUUAGAUAAUCGAGCUGUUUCAUGUUUACCUUCUCAAGUUAGAGGUUCAGAGAGUGCACCAGAGUCUGCUGGGGCUACUAGUUCUUGUUUGGAAGCUGAAUCAAAUGGAAACACAGUCCACCCUGCAAGUCUACAUGACAUAUUUGAAAUCUCAGACAUCCACAAAGACUGUAAACCUAACCAUCCUUGUAACCAUGUUUUUGAAGCACCAGUUCAUAGUGACAGUAUCAUGUUAGGGAUGCCUAAUCUAAUGCCACAAGAAUCUAUGGACUGCUUUCCUAGAGGCGAUGACUGGUUGAACAAAGAAUUCACAAAUGUAAAUUAUGGGAACAAGUUGGCUCCACCUAGAAAAGCACCUUCAUUGCAGCAUGGAAGCAAAUUGUCUACACCAAGUAAAGUAACCUCUCUUGGUUAUAAUUGGACUCUUAGUGACCCUGAGGCUGAAGAAAUUGGUACUUCUCAGAUGGAUUUUGAACAGCUAAAACUUUGCCUGAAGCAUUUUGAAAAAGAAAGAACUGUAAUGCAGGAAGAUACUGAAAGAUGCAAAGAACAGUUGACAUUGUUGAGGAAUAUAUUCAAGCAGCUCGACACAAUAGAAAAACUUAUAAAAAGGUCGGCAUCCAAAAAGCACUCUCCACAUGAUGACUCCAAAGUAGUCUCGGUCAUGGAGGCAAUGCUAUUCUUUUCGAUUUAAUUGUUCCAUGCUGGUACAUCUCAGGCAACACUACCUAUUCUUGAUCUACUACGGCGAAGGAACCAUAAUACUUUGUUAAUCAUACAACUUUUCAUUUUUUUGUAAUGAUGUACAUUGUGAUCACGUUACAUGUAUAUAAAAAACUGUGUUCAGCAGAAAAGCUUUAAAGUCUCUAAUGUGCAUUGAUUCUCA